GACUGAACUUGCACUCUAGCCACUUCAUGUCUGGGCUUAACUUAGAAUCAUUUGCAGAGAAUGCCUCCAGACUGGGAACGCGACUCCAAGAAACGAUCUCUGAACACACCAGAGAUCUUUCCAUAGCGCGGGCUUCAAGUGCAGGAUACCUUGACACGCCUGAGGAGAAAGUGAGGCUCAUUCGCAAGCAACUCGACUCGAAUAGCGAUAGGGAGAAACUGGAUGCUAUGAAACGCCUUAUUGCGGUCGGAAUGUCUCCGAGUAUUUUGCUCAGGUGGUCAAGAAUGUAGCCUCGCAUAACUUGGAGAUUCGAAAGCUGGUCUACAUCUACCUCUUGCGAUAUGCAGAACAGGAACCGGACUUGGCUUUGUUGUCGAUCAACACAUUUCAAAAGGACCUUUCAGACCCAAAUCCGCUCAUACGUGCUAUGGCACUUCGGGUUCUCUCUGGGAUCAGGGUACCAAUGAUCGGCAGCAUCGUUGUCCUAGCCAUAAAGAAGUGUGCUGCAGAUAUUAGUCCCUACGUCAAGAAAGCAGCGGCACAAGCGAUCCCGAAGUGUUACAGCUUAGACUCGAGCCAUCAACCUGAACUAAUAACCAUCAUCUCCACCCUACUCCGAGACCGGUCACCGUUACCCAUUGGUAGCGUAGCCGUAGCUUUUGAGGCUGUCUGCCCUACGCGCCUCGACCUUUUCCAUCAACAUUACCGACGUCUAUGUAGGACCCUUAUAGAUAUGGAUGACUGGGGCCAGGUUGACUUGCUGAAUCUUCUGGUACGCUAUGCGCGUACGAUGCUACCUCGUCCGGUUAUAACGGAAGAUGCGGACGGACAAUCCGAAGAAGUUGACCCCGACCUGAAGCUGCUUCUUUCUUCGGCUGAACCGUUGUUCCAGUCCAAUAAUCCUGCUGUCGUCUUGGCUGUUGCUCGCGCAUUCUAUUAUCUCGGGCCACCUUCAGAGAUGAAGAAAAUUGUCUCUCCGUUACUUCGUCUCCUCCAUAUCUCUCCAGAGAUUGAGCGAGUCACCCUGUCAUACAUUCUCGUCGUAGCUCGCUCCUCUCCAUCAUUGUUCACCCCUCAUUACACUUCCUUCCUUGUUAGGACGGAUGACAUCCGUCAAGUCAAGAAAGACAAGAUGCAACUUCUACGACUCCUUAUAUCCGCGGAGAAUCAUCAAGCAUUGCUUCGGGAGUUCAUUUACUACGCAGAUGACUCAGACGACGAUCUCGUCGCCGAUGCGAUUCAAGCCAUUGGCUACUGUGCUCGUCUAGUUCCUGAGUCGACUCAGCAGUGCUUGACCGCCCUGAUGUCAUUCAUUCAAAGCAAACAUGAUCCUGUCGUUGCAAACGCGGUGCUUGUCCUGAAGUCAUUAGUGCAACUCAGUCUCCACCAUCACCAGACCUUGACAAUAGCCUCAACAUCUGGAGCGUAUUCUCCGAUGGCAAUCAUCUCCCGCCUCGCGUACCGGAUUGAAGAAAUACGUCAUCCUAAAGCACGAGCGUGCGUUCUAUGGCUCGUUGGUCAGUAUGCGUCUAUUGAUGCGGGCACUGAGGCCAAAUUGGGUCCUGAGGGAAUUGCAGAGUGGGCUCCUGACGUUCUACGGAAAGCAGCAGGGUUCUUUACCAAAGAGACCCCGUAUGUGAAGUUACAAACCGUGACCCUGGCUGCAAAGCUAUUGGUACUUUGUCCAAGCGAUCGCACGUUAGGUCUCUUGAACCGUUAUGUACUUUCUCUUGCACGAUACGAUCUGAACUUUGACGUACGGGAUCGUGCUCGUAUGCUCGGCUCGCUGUUGUCCGGGGUUACGUCUGUGUUACAUUCCGAUGAAGAUGGUCAUGAGGAUCAAGGCGGUGUUGUCCUUCGGAGAGAACAAGUCAAGAUGGUGCUCUUCGAGGGCAAACAAGAUGUGUCGCUAGAUACCGGCAUUCCAGUGGAUGAUAGACAUGCGCUACUCGGAUCCCUCAGUGCCGUCGUUGGCAGGGACCUGACCUACGACUCAUACCUUCCGGAUUGGCUGGAAGAAGGCACAGAGUCUUCUUUGCGAGACAGCGAAUAUGAUGCGCCACAAGUCCCAAUCCAUGCUCAACCACUACCGUCUGCGAUUCCUCGCUCGAUAGCAUCAUCCAGCAAAAAUACACCCGUUAUUCUCACGCCCACAGGACCGUCACCCUCGGGUUCUUUCGUACGACAGAAUGGCAAGAGCGAUUGGACAGAUCUCGAUAAGUUCUACGCUGAAACGGAGAGCACUGAAGAGGAGGAGGGGACCGAAGAAGAAGCAGUUGAAAGCGACGAAGAAGAAGCGGACAGCAAUGAAGAUGGCGAUAGCGAGGAAGAGGAAGAGGGGUCUGCGGAGGAACCGGACACCGAUAGUGUGGAUGAAGGUAAAGGCGAAAGUGAAGAUGUGCUACACCAUGCGAGAUAGUCCGUGAUAUAUAUACAACUUCGUGGAUCGGGAAUGGUUAUACAACAGCACCUUCAGGCAGUUUAUAGUACAGUGGCUGCAAAUAGAGCUCGUUAGGAGCAACAUACAAAAGGAUGCUAUGAAGAUCAUACCGUAUUGAAGACAUGGUAAUAGUGCCCUCUCACUCCACCUCGUUGCUGGUAGUAUUCAUCAGGGAACCACUAAAAUGACACGCAGAAUGUCAGUUGGUACACGAUGGAACGACCACGAACUGCUCACGUGGUCAACAGGCAUCUCUUCCCUCCAUGCACGAAGAUAACGUGCUGGUUCAGUCUCAUUAGUAACGGUGUGCCCGUAUUUGGGGAGUUGGAAUUGGCCAAUCUGGAGCUCGGUAUCCGUAAUAGUGCUCCUGGAGACUCGAGCAUACGCGGUACGGUAGAGACCGCGAUACAGGAUGUAUUCACACCAUCGGUCGAGGUCAGCUUGGUCGAUGUCAUGCAUACGACCGUCGGUAACGAGAAUUUCGUAUGGAGCGGCUGAAAAAGCUACGUGAGGCUUUAGAAUGGUCGAAACGGAUGAGAGGCUUACGGCGAGGUGUGUGAGGCUUAGUGACAACGUAUCCAAGGAAUAUAAAUGGCUGAGGAUAUGUCUCCGACAUAAUGCGUGCCACUUCCUUGCUCUGUAAUUCGCGAUCUAGGGGAGUUUCCUCUGUAAAGGAGUAGAUAAGCAUUAGACUAGUGGACAUAUGUGUCAAUCGUACCUUGUCCGUUAUGCACAACUACGACGUUUACUGGGGUACCG